AUGGUCGGCUACACACCGGAGCCGAUCAACGGCCAGCUGCAACUCACUUCGACUGAAUAUAGGUAGGAUUUUGUGGGUUGAGUCUUGAAGAUAAAUGAGAGUAAAAAGUUUGAUUUUCAGGUUUUCUUGUUUUAGGUAGGAUUUCAUGAGUAAAAAUUAUGAAGGCUUGGAUAUAAAUGAAAGUAAAAAGUUUGAUUUUCAGGUUUUCUUGUUUUAGGUAGGAUUUUGUGGGUUAAAGGUUGAAUUUAUGACUGUGAGUUAAAAUAUAAAAGAUUUAUUUGAAAGCUUACGAGUUUUUAGAUAGGAUUUUGUGGGUAAAAGAUUUUUUUUUUGGGUAGAAAAAUGUUCAAUUUUGAAUUUUAGGCAGGAUUUUAUGGAUAACAGGUUUAAUUUAAGUCUUCCUGGUUUUUCUCUAGGAGUUCUUCGGAUCAUUUUUAGGUGCAGAAAAGUUUAAUUUUAAGUUAAGAUUUCGUGGAUCAAUAGAUAAAUUCAUGAUUUCGCUGUUUUGUUAAUAAAACAUUAUAAAGAAGAGAAAUUUUUCAAUUUUUUUCAAUUUUUAGGUUGGGUUCUGUGAACUAGUUUAGGUAGAAAAAUAGUUCAGAUUCGAUUUUUAGGGGGAUUUCAUAGAUAAAAGAUUGAAUUUACGAUUAUUAAUGGAAAAAACGGGUUUUUUUGAGGCUUUCAGAUUUUAGUUGAAGAAAUCGGUUUAUAAAGGGAUGAAUUUAUCCCUUUUAGGUAGAAAAACGUUUAUUUUAGAAGGGAUCUGCGAGUAAAGAAUCUUUUUUCAGGUAGAAAGUCGUCAUUCUCGAAAUUCGUGUAGUAAUUUGUGAAUAAAGGAAUCAUUUUUAGCUAGAAAAUUUUUUAUUUUCAGAAGUUAGGUAGGAUUUAGUGAUUAAAAUGGAUCACUUAUGGUUUUUAGGUAGAGAAGAGCUUGAUUAAAAGUUUCAUAUAGGAUUCUAUAGAUUAAAUAAUGAAUAUGAGAUUCUGAAUAACAAAAAAAAGAUUUAUUUCAAGGCUUGCAGGUUUUGAGCUCGUUUUUGUGGAGUAAUUUGAAGAAAAUCUCAUUUUUUACAGUUUGGAGUAGUUUUCAGGAGAUUUUUAUUAGUAAAUAGUUCAGAAAGAAGGUUUUCAUGGAGUAAUUUCAACUUGGCAUGAAAUUAUAUGGCCAGAAGCUCUCAGUUUUUCAAAGAUUCAUUUUUUAACGAUUUUGCUCAAGAAGCCAUUUUUCGUACACGAGUUUAAUGCUGCCUUUUGAUACUUUUUUAAAUUUCUUUCUCAAAAAUUUCGGUUCUGAAAAAUAAGUUUUUUCUUUCCAGUGAAGCAGGCCUAGCGAGUGGCGUGCUAACCCGAGUUAUCAUUCAACCUUUGGAUGUCUUGAAAAUUCGGUUUCAACUACAAGAAGAGCCGAUUCGCGGCAAGGCUUCUGGGAAGUAUAAGGUGAUUGGAAAAAAUCGAAAAAGCUGAAUUUUCGCAGCUUCUGGCUAUGAAGCCUCAUUGUAGUGAAAAAAAUUUUUAAUUUUUUUAUCAUAAUUUUUCUAAUUUUUCAAGUUUAUUUUUUUGCUCAAAAAAACGACUUUUAAAAAAAGCCAAUUUCAGUGAAGGAAGCUUAUAAAAACUUCACUUUCUGACAACAUUGCAUCAUUUUCGAAUUAUUGAUUUUUCCAGGGCGUGAUCCAAUCAAUAUUAUUAAUUUCACGAGAAGAAGGCGUUUCGGCCUUUUGGAAGGGUCAUAUUCCAGCCCAGGGACUGUCCGCAAUGUACGGCCUCGUACAGUUUUCCUCCUUCGAAUGGCUUUCCAGAGAGGUUUGUCGAGAUUUUCAGCAAAAAAAAAAUGUGGGAAAAUGUUGAUUUUCUGCUUGAAAAUUGAUUGAAAUCGCGUUUGAAACUUAUUUUUCGGUUUUUGUAGAGAAAAAACGAAAAAUUUUGGGGGUUUUUGUCGGGAAAAGACUGAAUUUUCUGCUUUGAAAAGUCUUCAAAAAAAAAAAUGGAAACUUCAAAAAUUCGAUUUUUUUAAUGUAUUAAUUUCAUCAUUAACGCCUUUUUCAACAUAGUUUUUUUGAAGGAAAAAAACGGUAAAGACAUUUAAUUUUUUUAAUUUUUCGAAGCCUCCAAAUUCUUCAAAACCUCUUUCCAAGUUCCGUUUUCACUUCAAUUUCGAUUGAAAUGUACAAUUUGAAUAGGAAAUUUCGUUAAGUUUCCAAUUUUAGUCUGGAUUUAUAAUAAACAAUGAGAAAAUUUCACUUUUUUUCACGUUAUCGUAUAGAUUUUUUUUUAAAAGAAUGUUAAUUUUUCAAUUAUUUUUUUAGAAAAUGAUGUCAAGUCCCGUUUUUCCCCUAACUGAAACUUUAAUUCACAGUGGCAAAUCUUGUAUAAUUUCCCUUUUUCCAGGUUGGAUACUUCGUACCUUCGGAAAAUCAAACAAUCCGAUCCUGUGCCGAUUUUGCAUGUGGCGCCGCCAGUGGAUGUCUGGCCAUGACGGCGGUGAGCUUCAUUUUUUUUUCUGUUUUUUGAACUCCGUCGAAAUGGAUCAUUACGGCAGGAAGAAGUUAAAAUGCAUCAAAUAUCCAUUUUAAUUCAUUAAAAAUCAAUUUUAAAGCAUCUGGGGAACUUAUGGAUGUUUAUUGCGGCCUAAGCCUUUCAACUAGUUAAAAAUUCAAUUUUUUCGUGUCUUUUCAUUUUUCUCAUUGCGCUUCUCCAGUUAAAAACAAUUUGAAAGCCUAAAAAAUUGAAAAUAGCUACCGUUCAUUUGGAAAUUUUCCAUAAUUCUGUUCGAAAGUGUUCGGAACAGCUUUCAAAAGUAUGCAGGAGCAAUGGGUACUAUCAUGAAAGCGUAAAAAAAAUUAUUUCAGAACUUUGUUUCAAUGGAAAAGACAAAAAACUUUUUUUAAAAGUCAAAUUUAAAAAGUUCAAUUUCCAGGCGAUGCCUCUGGAUGUUAUUCGAACUCGGUUAGUGGCUCAAUCUGGAAAAGCUGUCUAUCACGGUUCGUUUGAAUAAUCUUUAUGGAUGUUGAAGAAAUCGUUAAAAGUUUCGUUUUUGAGCUUUUCCUAGUUCCAAAGAUUUUUUUAAAAUUACACUUUUUCAGUUGAAAAUCUGUAAAAGAGGCCAUAAUAUAGUCAAUGUUUCCCGACUUGAAAGGCGAAGGAGGCGGGGCGACGGGCGGGACGCGUAGCGUGUGCGUACGCGGUUCUUGGCGCCAGUUCAAUUCAAUCGCCGCCGACUAUUUAAAAAGCUCGGCAACCGCUCUUUUUCUGUAUUUUCUUCUAUUUCUUUGAUGCACACAUGAACAUAAUCAAUAAAUAAUUAAAAAAGGAGUGAAAAGAGCGAUAAAUAAGCUCUCUGAAUGCUCGCUAGCGGUUUAAUUGAACACGUGCCAAGAACCGCGUACACACACGCCACGCCUCCCUUGCCUUUCAAGUCGGGAAACAUUGACUAUAUAAAGGUUUUUUCAAGGUACCCUCCACGCGAUGAAGCAUAUUUGGAAGAAAGAAGGCGUUUCUGGAUAUUUCCGAGGAUGGGUCCCGAGUGUCGCCCAGGUAGGGGCCACUUAAGGUUAAGAGGACCCUGAACCCCUAGAGGGACGCCUUUGGCGUUCCGAAAAAGAUUUAUAACGGGUGAAAUUCGAUAUUUUGUUCAAAAAGUGUAUUAUCUAUAAAAAAAACGAUUAUUUACUUGAGUAAGACACGUUCCUAAGAUUUUGAUGUUUUUCCUUUCUCGGGCAAAGUGGCCGCUAAAAGGGAGAUCCUCAAAAAAGGUUGCAGAAAGGCAUCAAAAAGAGUACCUUCGUCGAACCUUUCAUUUUUUUUCUGGUAUUUUAAAGGCUCAAAAAAAGGUGAUAAAAUGGCAGCAAAAAUGGUGCAAAAUAGGCGCAAAAAUGCAGAAAAAAAGGAGCCUUUGUCACCCUAAAAGGAACCUUUAUGGACCCUCGGAGGGUCCUUCCGACUUUGCCUAUAAAGGAAAAAGGUAGAACUUAAAUCAACAUUUUUCUCAAUUAAUCAAAAAAUUGAUUCAAAUUUUACGGUCUUUCCUAUGGAAGUAGUCGGACGGAAAAAUUCAAAAAGUUAUAUUUUUCAUAACAUGGCGGAAAGUGCGGAAAACGGGUGCAAAAUGGCCGCUAAAAGGGUUCCUUUUGCGGCCUUUCUUGAGCCUCUCAUUCUUGGUGGGAAAAGGGUGCUGAAAGUCUCGGCUUUUUUUCGGCCUUUAUGACUUUUCCUAUGUUCUCUCCUUUGUUGAAUAUUUCAUUCCUUGAUGGAAAUUUUCAAUUUUUUCUAUCAUCUUUUGGAUCUCUUUUUCCAGAUCGCCCCAUUCACGGGCAUCCAGUUCGCCCUGUACAACGUUUUCAUGGACGUUUGGCCCUUCCAAGGACACGAAUCAACGGCGGCGUUGUUCAGCGGCGCCUUGGCUGGAACCACGGCAAAAACGGUCUUUUUCAGGAUUUUUUUGGGGAGAAAUCAUAGUUUAUCCCACGUUAAAACGGAUAGCUUGAAUCAAUAAAAGAAGAAUAUUUUAGAAAAUUUUUUUUUGUAGUUCAACGGUACGUGAGCUGGAUCCCACUCCAGCCUUUUCGCGCCAAAAAUUUUCAAAAUGUAAAAAUUUUUAAGGGUUGAAGAAAACGAUUAUUUAUCAGGUUUUUGGAGCUUCUCUUAUCUAUUUUUCCAUCCCUUACAAUAGAAAAUUGAGAUUUAACCCUAAAUCGGUCAAUAAACUUGAUGAGAAAGACCAAAUUUGGAAGAUAAUUUUUUUUCUGUUCAAAAAUUGUUCUAUUUUCCUAUAAGUUCAUUCCAAGUGGUACCAGAAUUCCAAACGGUUAUUUUUUCAGGAUUUUUUGAAUAAAAUGUUUGAUUUACCCUGAAAUUUUUUUCAUUUUUUUAAUUCAAGUUGGUUCAAAAGUGGUCAAAUAAUGUGUUUUUUUGAAAAAAAUUUUUGAUUUUAACUGUGCCUUAUUCUAAAGUAGGCUUUCUUUUGCAUCAUAAAGUGGCUAAAAAAACUCAUUCUUUCAUCAAAAAUUUCUUCAAAAAGACAUUUUUUUCAUUUCGAACUAAGUUGAGCUGGAUCCCGCCCCAGCCUUUUUCGCGCCAAAAAAAUUUCGAAAAAAAGUAAAAAAAUUUUUUUAAGGGUUGAAAAAAACGAUUAUUUAUCAGGUUUUUUUGGAGCUUCUCUUAUCUAUUUUUUUCCAUCCCUUACAAUAGAAAAAUUGAGAUUUAACCCUAAAUCGGUCAAUAAACUUGAUGAGAAAAGACCAAAUUUGGAAGAUAAUUUUUCUGUUCAAAAAAAUUGUUCUAUUUUUCCUAUAAGUUCAUUCCAAGUGGUACCAGAAUUCCAAACGGUUAUUUUUUUCAGGAUUUUUUUGAAUAAAAUGUUUGAUUUACCUCGAAAAAUUUUUUUCAUUUUUUUAAUUCAAGUUGGUUCAAAAAGUGGUCAAAUAAUGUGUUUUUGAAAAAAAUUUUGAUUUUAACUGUGCCUUAUUCUAAAGUAGGCUUUCUUUUGCAUCAUAAAGUGGCUAAAAAAACUCAUUCUUUCAUCAAAAAUUUCUUCAAAAAGACAUUUUUUCAUUUCGAACUAAGUUGAGCUGGAUCCCGCCCCAGCCUUUUCGCGCCAAAAAAAUUCGAAAAAGUAAAAAUUUUUAAGGGUUGAAAAAAACGAUUAUUUAUCAGGUUUUUGGAGCUUCUCUUAUCGAUUUUUCCAUCCCUUACAAUAGAAAAAUUGAGAUUUAACCCUAAAUCAGUCAAUAAACUUGAUGAGAAAGACCAAAUUUGGAAGAUAAUUUUUCUUUAUGAUAAAAAAACCGUUUCAUUUUUCCUAUCAGUUCAUUCCAAGUGUUUCCAGAACUUCAAGCGGUUAUUUUUUUCAGGAUUUUUUUGAAGAAAAUGUUUGAUUUAUUCAAAAAAAUAUUCAUUUUUUUCAAGUUAGUUCAAAAAUGGUCAACUAAAUGAGGUUUUGAAAAGUUUAGUUUUUUGCUGUACCUUAUUCUAAAAGUACUCUUUUUCUUCAACUUUUUAUGUGUAAAAUGAGCUUGUUUUGAAGCUUCAUUUCAAAUUUUACUUACUGGGGAACUACUCGGACUCGGGUACGGAUUUCGAGUUCAAACUUUAGUGGUUUAUAGACCCAAGUCAGAAUACUUGAAAACAAGAGAGAAUAUCUGCUAAACCCGAUAGAGAACUGAGAAAAAAAUAUGUGGAAAACAGAGAAAUUAGGCCUGAAAAUUUUCAAAAUACUGUUUUUUACCUUAUUUUAUAUUUUAAUACAAUCACCUUGGAUGAUCCGGCUAUGAUACACUCUAAAAAACUUUUUUCCAGCCAAAAGAAGGAGGAAAGCAAAAAUUUGAUAAUUUUCAAGCCUAAACUGUUCAUUUUCAAAAAGCUUUUUCUCAGAAGGGUUUAGCAUAUAAUCUCUCUUGUUUCCAAGUACUCUUACCCGGUUCUAUAGCCACCAAAGUUUCAACUUGAAACGCGUACCCGAGUCCGAGUAGUUCCCUGUUAGUAAAAUCUUAAGAAAGUAAGAAAAUUGGAAUUUUAUCCAGGUCCUCUACCCCCUUGACAUGGUCCGACAUCGUCUGCAAAUGAACGGAUUUGAAAGGAAAGGUUUCGGAAAGGCGAGCAACUACAGCCAGGGCAUGGUCCGCACUAUGCUCAUGGUAGAAAAAUAGUCCCGAAAUUGCGAUUUCGAAACAUUUGCAGGUGGUGCGAAACGAAGGCUGGUACGGACUGUUCAAGGGUCUCUGGCCAAGCCAAAUCAAAGCCGCUGCCAAUUCCGGAUGCGCCUUUCUUUUCUACGAGAUGUUCUGCGACUUGAUCAGAUCUAGGAAAGGGGUCACGGCUUCUUGA